GGAGUGAGUGAUUGACUUUAUCAGUCCAAGGACAUCAUCAGCCUGGUAAGGGGGGGAAGUUUGAUCCUCUUUCUCACGGAUCGCAGUCAACGGGAGUUUUUUUUCCCUCCCAGCUCCUUUACAUAGGAUUUUUCCCCUCAUUUUUUGGCUUUUUUUUAUUUUUUUAUUUCUAGGAUCUUUUUUUUUUGCUCAACGUGGUAAAUCUCAGCGCAGUGGUCUGAAGCCCACCGCGCUCCGCUCAAACUGGAUUUUAAUUUGAUUUUCUGUUUCCCACCCGACUCCUGAGUUCGCUUCGAGCUUCAUGACUAUGCUUCUAGAUAGCGGUCCGCAGUUCGCAUCGUUAGGAGUGGGGGGCUUCGGGACGCCACGGCACCACGACAUCGGGAACAGGGACCCGGGUCUGGGACUGAAUCCCUUCUCUGACUCCCCCCACUCCGCGGCUUUCAAAAUAAGCCCCGUGGCGCACGACAUCGCAUCCAGCCAGACAUCAGCUUUCACUCCGCAGGCUACUGGAUACGCGGCCGCUUUGGGACACUCGCACGGCGGGCAGGUGGGCUCGUAUGGCGGGGGAGCGUUCAACUCGACGCGGGACUUUCUCUUCCGGAACCGGGGCGUCGGGGAGUCCCCAGCUCCGAGUGCCCAGCAUGGGAUCUUUGCAGCCUCGACGGGGAGUCUGCACGGGCCGCCCGGGAUCCCCGACAACCCCGGACAUUUGUUGUUCCCUGGACUUCACGACCAGGGAGUGAGCCACACUUCUCCGAGCGGACACGUUGUAAACAGCCAGAUGCACCUCGGCUUACGCGGGGACAUUUUCGGAAGACCAGACCCGUACCGGCCGGUGGCGAGCCCCCGGACGGACCCGUACGGUGCCCAGCUGCACAACUACAACCACCCGAUCAACAUGAACAUGGGCAUGAACGUGCCGACGCACCACGGUCCGGGGGCCUUCUUCAGAUACAUGCGGCAGCCGAUCAAGCAAGAGCUGUCCUGCAAAUGGAUAGACGAGAACCAGAUGAAUAGACCCAAAAAGACGUGCGACAGGACGUUCAGUACCAUGCACGAGAUGGUCACGCAUGUGUCCAUGGAGCACGUCGGCGGCCCCGAGCAGAGCAACCACGUCUGCUUCUGGGAGGACUGCCCGAGGGAGGGCAAGUCCUUUAAGGCCAAGUACAAACUCGUCAACCACAUCCGCGUGCACACGGGCGAGAAGCCGUUCCCGUGCCCGUUCCCUGGAUGUGGGAAAAUAUUCGCCCGCUCGGAAAAUCUGAAAAUCCACAAAAGAACGCACACAGGUGAGAAGCCGUUUAAGUGUGAAUUUGACGGCUGCGACAGACGCUUCGCCAACAGCAGCGACAGGAAAAAGCACAUGCAUGUGCACACGUCAGACAAGCCAUACAUCUGCAAAGUGUGCGACAAGUCCUACACACACCCCAGCUCUCUCAGGAAACACAUGAAGGUACACGAGUCUCAAGGUUCGGAAUCUUCCCCGGCAGCGAGCUCCGGAUAUGAAUCGGCCACUCCACCGGUGCUGGUCUCAGCCAGCACCGAGGACCCGACAAAAACACCGCCGUCAGCCGUGCAAAACACGCCUGGUCACAGCGAAGGACUGCCGCCCAACUUUAACGAGUGGUAUGUUUGAAGUCGUGAGGAGUGGAGCCUCUCCCUGCAGUUUGGACCAUGAGGAUGAACGAGGAGUGACUUAAAAUAAAAACAAUUUUCUCUCUCACACACACUCUUGCGCACGCACGCACAUACACACACACACACACUCACACAUACAAACAAAUGGGACUGGAACAACAACAACAUGGAGAUGAGAGCAAAAGCCAGCACCAAGCAGGCCACGUCCGUUCUCAGGAUCACGAAAAAAAAA